CGAUUUCGUACGGAAAGAGGCGACUCUUUUUUGUUUUAUUCUAGCAGCAGAGGAAGCGCCGGAAAAGCAAAGAGCUCUACUGCUCAGCUCAACUCCAUAGCAGUCACUAGUUUUCCGAGCUUUUUACGCAGCUUCUUCCAUGGAGAAAGGAGUCGAUUCCAAGCCCCAAACCACAGGGUCUCGUCUGUGCUGUGUCUGUAACAAGAGAAGACCCGCCCUCAAGAGACCCAAAACCCUAGACCAGAUUUGCAGGGAGUGUUUCUACGAGGCAUUUGAGGAGGAGAUUCAUCAAGUAAUCGUUGAGAAUCAGUUAUUUAAGCCCGGGGAACGCAUUGCCAUUGGUGCUUCUGGUGGUAAAGAUUCCACUGUCCUCGCAUAUGUCUUAUCCAAGUUGAAUAGGCAGCACCAGUACGGCCUAGAUCUCUUUCUCUUGUCCGUUGAUGAGGGCAUUACAGGAUACAGGGAUGAUUCUCUUGAAACUGUCAAAAGAAAUGAGAUACAGUAUGGACUGCCACUGAAAGUUGUCUCGUACAAAGAUUUAUAUGGAUGGACUAUGGAUGAAAUAGUAAAGGUGAUCGGUCUAAAAAAUAAUUGCACAUUUUGCGGUGUUUUUCGUCGGCAGGCCCUUGAUCGGGGUGCUGCACUGUUGAAAGUGGACAAGGUCGCUACUGGACAUAAUGCAGAUGAUAUUGCUGAAACAGUUUUAUUAAACAUAUUACGUGGUGAUAUUGCUAGAUUGAGUAGAUGCACUGCAAUAACCACUGGUGAAGAUGGACCAAUUCCCCGGUGCAAACCUUUUAAGUACACAUAUGAGAAGGAGAUUGUUAUGUAUGCCUAUUUCAAGAGGCUGGACUACUUUUCCACUGAGUGCAUUUACUCUCCAAAUGCAUAUCGUGGUUUUGCUCGGGAGUUCAUCAAGGAUUUGGAGAGAAUAAGGCCUAGGGCAAUACUUGACAUUAUCAAAUCAGGAGAGGACUUUAGGAUUUCCACUACAACAAAAAUGCCAGAGCAGGGGACAUGUGAACGCUGUGGUUACAUUUCAAGCCAGAAAUGGUGUAAAGCUUGUGUUUUACUUGAUGGGUUGAAUCGGGGUCUGCCAAAGCUUGGCAUCGGACGGAGUCGAGCAGUAAAUAAUGAUUGUAAGAAGGAUGUGAAAGAAAGUAAUGUUACAAAAAGUAUAGAGAGCAAACAAUGUGGAUCUCUGGACUUCUGAUACAGGCCUUAGUUUUGCUCUAGUAGACUUGAAGGCAAACCAGAAGUUUUUCAUAGACUGGUAAGCCCACCGCAAUGUUGCAUAUCUGAUUAUCAUGGUGAUUGUGAUAGGAUCUUAUAUAUAACCGAAACAAGUAAAGAAUUACUUGAAUACAAUCCACUGGCGUCGGCCUCAGCAAUCAGAACAAGGUUGAAUAAAAAAUUCAGAUGUGGAAAAUUGUAACCUAUAUAUUUUUAUCAAAAUUUUGAAGGGCAGUGAAGAAAAUUUUUCUGUGUGUAUUAAGGAAUGGAUAAAUUGGAUGCUGAUUUUUGGAGAAAACUUCCACAUUAGCUGUUAUGAUUGAGAGACGGCAGCUAAUUUGAAUCGGAGAUUUUGUAUCAUCUGCUUGAGGUAUCAAUCUUGGCUUCUACUGUUGACUCUAUUAUUCAUUUUGUUAUAGUGAUUAGAUAAUCAUUUUGCGAGAUACCGGGAUACGCUAAUUUCUUUCUUUAUAUCAUUUUGAAUUUCUCCUAAUAACGACCUGCUGUUAUU